AGAUGUGUUCAACCCUAAAUAUACUUACAAUCGAAAACACCCGAGUAAUAUCCAAUCGAAUACUUCCUCUCGCAGCCUUGGAAAAGGUCAACAGCAUUUGCGGACAAAUAUUCUACAAAGGACAAUGCUGUCAGCUCAAAGUGUUAAGCUUGCAUGUGUGCUGCCAAAGGUAAGCUCCCUUGGUGCAGCUGGUGCCCGGCUGAAGCACACACUGCCAGAGUUACCUUAUGAAUACUCAGCAUUGGAACCAGUCAUCUCAAAUGAAAUCAUGCAGAUUCACCACCAGAAACAUCAUCAGACCUAUGUUAACAAUCUUAAUGCCACAGAGGAAAAACUUGCCGAGGCUAUGAAAAACAAUGAUGUUGCUCAGGUGAUAUCCCUCCAGCCUGCACUAAAGUUUAAUGGAGGUGGCCACAUUAAUCAUUCGAUAUUCUGGCAGGUUCUCAGUCCAAAAGGAGGUGGCUCACCAUCUGGUGAUCUCUUAGAAUUGAUAAAGAGGGAUUAUGGUUCAUUCGAUAAAAUGAAGGACAUGUUGACACAGGCUUCGGUGGGUGUACAAGGCUCGGGCUGGGGCUGGUUAGGAUUUAAUCAAUUGAAUGGUAGAUUGAGGAUCCUUACUUGUGCUAAUCAAGAUCCUCUGCAACCAACAACAGGUUUUAUUCCUUUAUUUGGAAUUGACGUUUGGGAACAUGCUUAUUAUCUUCAGUAUAAAAACGUUCGACCCGAUUAUGUUAAAGCUAUUUUCGAUGUUGCCAACUGGGAGGAAGUGGGAAACAGGCUGGCCCAAGCCCGACUGGAUGCCUAGAUGGGCAUUGUUUGUUUGUUUUGGGUACUGUAAUAAUACAUUUUAUUACAAGUUUACUGGAUGGAAAGGACAAGUGUAGGCAUUUGCCCUGUUUAUACAGUAUACCAGUAUAGUUUAAGUUAUAUAAUGACUUUGUUGACUGAUAUUUAAUUGACUUAAUUGAUUUAAGGGUGAUCAGUGAUUUUAUCAACUAUGUGUGUUUCAAAUAGAUUAUUUUUUUGUGUGUGUCAUAAUAUUAUGAUAUUGAAUACAUAUUUGCUUAAGGAAAAAAAAACUGAAUACACAGAAGUUCUGAAGAAAAACUCUCCACACAAGAAUGAUAUUUAGAUUGCAUUAGGAAAUAGUCAUGUUUUUUCUUACAAUCAGAUGUACAAGUUGGCCUGCCGGCAUUCUUUUUACAUAGGAAUAACUAUUAUAAAAUAGCAAAAAAGUGUGCUUUUUGUUUUCACAGAUAUUUGUUUCACGAGUAUUACUAUUAUAACAUUUAAUGUUAGUAUUUUUUUACACUGUAUGGUAGAAUUUGAUACAGUUGAACAUUAAAACUAGAAAUGAUUAAAAAAAGAUUGUAUGAUCAUUGUUUUUAUACUGAAAGAAAUAAAUGGUGUUACUUGCACAUUUCUUAAUAUUUUUGGCUGUAAUAAGUCACGAUUUAAAAUAAAAAAAGUUUUUACAGCAAAGUCACAAAUUUGAAAUAAAUAAAAGUUCUUACAGCUUUAUUGGAUGAAAUGAUAUGACACCUUUUAGAAAAGACCUAUUUUGUAUCUAUAUGAUUGAGCUUCUUAUUAAGUCUUAAAAUGGAGUUAAUUAAGAUGUGAGGUUUUCAUUAAUUCAGCUAGUCUGAUAGUCAGUCAUAGGUAAAAUAUUUAAGAUUUUUAUUCAGACUUUGCAAGUUUUUGUGGCCCAUUAGAAAGCUUAUAUUGGUACAUUUAUAAGUACUUAUAUGCAACUUAUUUGCUAUUAAGUCUCAAUUUUAGUUAAGAUUUGUUUACAUUUUUUCCAAUGCAAUUGUUAAAAGUAAACAAACAUGUAUGUAUAAACAAGAGUAUUAAUAAAUCAUACACAAAUGAGA